UUAUUAAAUGACCAUAUGUUUUAAAGAUGAGGUUAUGCAAUUAAACACAAUAGUUUAGAUCACACAGUUUGAAUUCAAAACUUUAUUUAUGCUGUUAUACAAUUAAAUUCCAAUUUGACUUUACCGUGUACAUUAGGAUAUGGACGAACAGAACAUUACGAGUCAUGUACAGUUGAACGAUUUAGUGAAGCGGGCCGGGAACAACUUGAUUCUCAUCCACUUCUUCGCCGGUUGGUGCACCUCCUGCACCAACAUAGCCCCGAAGGUGGAUGCCAUAGCAGGAGACAUAGACAAUUUUACAAUUCUAAAAGUCAACGUCGAACAGUGUCCGGGCAUAGUCGAAGCGUACGAAAUAACCCAGCUUCCGACUUUCGUUUUCGUCAAGAACAAGCUCAUCCUUCGGACCCUGAGAGGGAAUGAGUACAACGUCCUUAAGGAGACAGCGAUCAACAUCGCUAAGAAGCACUCGGUUCAGAAGUAAUAAUGUAGGUAACUAAUCAUCUCAGUAAAAUAAUAGCAUAUUUUGCUUGUCCCGAGAUGGCAAUUCGAAGUUGGAAGUUUUGUGCCUGUAUUUUGACCUACAGAUGACUUUAAAAUCUUUUUAGACCUUAAAUAAAUUAUAUAUUAUUUAUUAUUAUUAAAA